AUGUUCCCAUGUGACACUUGCAACAGACAAUACCGGAGAAUCAUCUCUCUACAGCGGCACAAGAGACUUGAAUGCGGCAAGGAGGCCAAAUUCGAAUGCAUGAUGUGCCAUGCCAAGUUCAAGCACAAGCACAGUCUGCUGAGGCAUUACAACGUUCACAUAUUCGAGGGAAUCACUCAUGAACAAGGAGAAUUUCGCUUGAUAGGCAAAACGACAGAAACUCACGAAGAAGCAACAAAGAUGAGAUAGCAGAAAUUUUCGAAUCUUUGAACAAUUUCAAAUUCAAAA